AUCAUGAAUGUUCGUCAGCUGAUGAAUAUAUACGGCGGAAAAGUAUACGUUCCAAUACAGGGAGAAUCUGGAAUGACAGCGAAACAGACAGGGUUUCGAAAUCAAAGUAUUAAAAAAUAUCAGGAAACUGUGUAAUCAAGAGUAAAAUAAAAGGAAAGAAAAAAUGUCUGGAACAAAAGUGGAAUCGGACCAAGGAGGAGCUGACGGCAAGGCCCCAUUUGGCUUCAACAGUUACGCCACUAAGAAGACCCUCGCAAAGGGCCUCCUGGAUAUUGGGCUGCUGAUGGCGAACGCCUCCCAGCUUAAAUCCCUCAUCAGUCUGGGACCCGACGCGGAGUAUUAUUACCCAAACCUGGUGCUGAUAUGUCUCUCUAUAGCACUUCAGGUCGUGACCGGAGUGAUGCUUCUUGUCCUCGGAAGCAUGGAAGGCAAGAAUCUAGAGGAACGGAGUACCGCCAACCGUCUAAACAAUGUCGUCGUCGGCUUCGUAUUUGCCAUAACGGUGAUAAAUGUGUUUGUUGCUGCAUUUGGAAUCAAAAUGACAGAAAACUGAUUGUCAACACUGUUGUUGAUUUGUUAAGCCACAAUACCCAUACCUUAAAAUGAAAUUGGUAUUGUACAUGUUGUAUAUAGUUCUGUCAACAGACAUGUUUCACUUUACUUUCCAAUGAAAUGAACUAAAACUGGCAGUUCAGUCAUGCUAUCAACAUUAACAUACGGAAAUUAAGUUUGGACAGUGUUUGAUUUGCAGUUUAAACAAUAGUUCACAUACAUUUUUACAGUUUCACGUUUUCAAAAAAUCCUUGUGAUUGUUUAAGAAAUUAGGUCAAGCUGUAUAUGUGUAGUUAGUAUGAAGUGUUUUAAAUCUAUGUAACUAUGUAAAUCUAUUUGAAUGACAGAAUGAAUAUGGGAGUAAACUUUAGGAGUAAU